GCUGACGUUCGGGCUACAACAUGACGUCAUCGGCCGACCGUCUUCCUCCAAACAAACAUGGCAGCUGCCAUGGAGCUGCGAUGCUGGGGGGGCGACUGGGGUCUGCCGUCGGUCCACAACGAGUCGCUCGUAGUCCUGGCAUAUGCAAAGUUUUCUGGGGCCAAAGUGAACAUUUCCCCCAUAGACUGGACUUGGAAAACUCUGACAGCAACAGUGCCCGAGUUGGUAUGUGGUGACACUUCAGUGAAAGAACCCUCACAGAUUCUCAACUUCCUGAGAAAGCAGAGGUUUAAUGCAGACUACGAGUUGAGCGCCCGGCAAGGAGCCGACACCAUGGCUUACAUCGCGCUCCUCGAGGAGAAACUGCAUCCUGCAUUGUUGCACACUUUCUGGUUGGAUGCAGAAAACUACGCCAAUCUGACCCGGCCGUGGUUUGCCUCCCAUUCGCCGUUCCCCCUAAAUUUCCUUGUGCCCAGUCAUCAUGCCAACAGCGCCCGCUCUCGCAUCCUGCUGACCAGAGGAGAGGCGCCGUUAUGCCGAAUCACAGAGGUGGAAGGAAAGCUGUACAGUGACGGCAAGGAGUGCCUGAAUCUUCUGUCCUACAGACUGGGAGACGGAAACUACUUCUUUGGCAACUUACCCACCAGCCUGGAUGCUUUUGUUUUUGGGUUUGUGGCUCCACUCCACAAGGCCCACCUCUGCAACAGCCCCCUGCAGAGCCACCUCAGAAAGCUGGAGAACCUCACACGCUUCUGCGACAACAUCCUGUCCGAUUACUUCAGCUCGGCCCAACCGGGUCUUCCCCCAUCUGUUCAGGAAACAAUGGAUGCCAACCUCCAAAAAUUAACUCAGCUUGUAAACAAAGAAUCCAACUUGAUAGAAAAGGUGCUUUCUUUUCUUUUCAUUUCUUUGCAUGACUGACAAUUGUCAAGCGCUUCAAGUUGCACACUGGCCACAACAUUAGAUGGAUGACAACCUUCGCAGCAGCCCUCAGCACAAACUUUACCGGCCGCAGCCCAAACCCGGUGUGGUCGUGGAAAUGAGCUCAACACCUGCCUAAACGCCUACCCCACCCUGCCCACGAUCCUGCCUGACGAACGAGGGAAGAACACCGUGUAGAUGUGCGUCGUCAACGUUAA